AAGGAGUAGAGAUAUUUGACACUUCUCUCCUCCUGUUUCUGUUUGUUCAUGUUGCUGUGGUUCUGGUCAGUAACUGGAUAAAAGAAGUCUGGAAGCCAUGUCGGAGUUUUGGUUAAUUUCUGCCCCCGGCGACAAGGAAAACUUACAAGCCCUGGAGAGGAUGAACACGGUAACCUCCAAGUCCAACCUGUCUUAUAACACCAAAUUCCCGAUUCCUGACUUCAAGGUGGGGACCUUGGAUUCCCUUGUUGGCCUCUCUGAUGAGCUGGGGAAACUCGAUACCUUUGCUGAAAGCCUCAUAAAGAGGAUGGCCCAGAGCGUGGUAGAAGUUAUGGAAGACUCCAAGGGGAAGGUUCCGGAGAACCUCCUGGCCAACGGAGGUUUGAAGGAAAAACUGAAAUGUUUAAAGAUUGACUUAACAUCCUUCGUGACCCACUUUGAGUGGGACAUGGCCAAAUAUCCUGCGAAGCAGCCACUCGUGAGCGUCGUGGAUACUCUAGCAAAGCAACUGGCACAAAUCGAGACCGACCUGAAGUCCCGAACGGCCGCCUACAACACCCUGAAGACAAACCUGGAGAACCUGGAGAAGAAAUCCAUGGGAAACCUCUUCACUCGGACGCUGAGCGAUAUUGUGAGCAAAGAAGACUUCGUGUUGGAUUCCGAGUAUCUUGUCACACUUCUGGUCAUCGUGCCCAAACCAAGCUACGCGCAAUGGCAAAAAACCUACGAAUCCCUCUCGGACAUGGUGGUCCCUCGGUCGACUAAACUGAUCGCCGAGGACAACGAGGGCGGCCUCUUCACGGUGACCCUGUUUCGAAAAGUGAUCGACGAUUUCAAAACCAAAGCCAAAGAGAACAAGUUCACUGUCCGUGAAUUUUACUAUGAUGAGAAAGAGAUAAAGAGGGAAAGGGAAGAGCUGAGCCGUUUGCUGUCUGAUAAGAAGCAACAGUAUCAAACUUCCUGUGUUGCUCUUAAAAAGGGAUCAUCCACCUUCCCGGACCACAAGGUUCAGGUAACCCCGCUAGGGAACCCCGAUAGGCCCGCUGCGGGGCAGACGGACAGAGAGAGAGAGAGUGAGGGCGAGGGAGAGGGCCCGCUGCUGCGCUGGCUCAAGGUGAACUUCAGCGAAGCCUUCAUUGCCUGGAUCCACAUCAAGGCCCUGAGGGUGUUUGUGGAGUCCGUGCUCAGGUACGGACUUCCGGUGAAUUUCCAGGCGGUGCUCCUCCAGCCUCACAAGAAGUCCUCCACCAAACGUUUAAGGGAGGUUCUGAACUCUGUCUUCAGACAUCUGGAUCAAGUAGCGGCUGCAAGCGUGUUGGAUGCGUCUGUCGACAUCCCGGGACUGCAGCUCGGCAACCAAGACUACUUUCCUUACGUCUAUUUCCACAUCGACCUCAGCCUGCUCGACUAGGAGCCGCUGGCCCCACGAGGCCUUCCCGUCCGUGCGGACUCCGCAGACGCCGCUCUUUCCCUCGGCCGCAGAACCCCGCGGAACUUAGAGUUUGAGAGAAAUUGCUCACAAAAGUUAGUUACAGUUGUAUUUAUUUUUUUUUAAGUUACAAUAAAGAAAUGCCCCGUC